AUGAAUACACGGCCCAUCAUCGACGAGUCCUCUGGGCCCAUUGCUCUGUCUGCCGCCUUCAACAAUGAUGCGAGUUGUUUCGCCGUUGGUCUUGACACUGGUUUUUGUGUAUUCAAUUCCGAUCCAUGCGAGUUGAAAGCCUCCAGAGACCUCAAUGCCGGGAUUGGCACAGCGGAAAUGCUGGGACGGUACAACUAUCUGGCGCUCGUAGGAGGUGGAAAGAACCCCAGAUGGCCACAAACAAAAGUCAUGAUAUGGGACGAUGCGAAACAGAAGGUUGCAGUUACACUUGAAUUGAAAACUGCGGUCCUCCGUGUCCGACUAACGAAGUCCUGGAUUGCCAUUGCGAUCCAAAACAGCAUACAUCUGUACAAGUUCUCCUCACCCCCCGAACGAACAGCAAUCUUUGAAACUGCAGACAACCCUCUCGGACUAUGCUGUCUAGGUGCGAGCUUGGUGGCAUUUCCAGGUCGUUCGCCGGGCAAAGUACAGUUAGUCGAGCUCGUAUCAGGCAAUGUCAGUAUCAUCCCGGCGCAUACCUCAGCGUUACGAGCCAUGGACUUGAGUGCAGAUGGAAAAGUCCUUGCAACGGCCAGCGAGCAGGGAACAUUGAUCCGCGUGUUCUCUACGUCAAACUGUACCAAGAUUGCCGAACUACGAAGGGGCGUGGAUCCUGCUUAUAUCUUCAGUAUUGCGAUUUCUCCAAACUCCACCAUGCUUGCAGUCACCUCCGACAAGUCGACUCUGCAUGUGUUUGAUCUCCCUGUGUCCUCCAUUCCACAGCCCGCCAGCCCCAGAAGCCCGCGGCGGUCACAAUCGCCGCAUGUUCCCGGUGAUGAGGACACUGCGACCAACCAGAAAUGGGGGUUCUUGUCCAAGAUCCCAUUACUUCCACGUGUUUUCUCCGACAUCUACUCAUUUGCAUCCACGCAUUUCGAAAUGGGCGAUGAGAACGUAGGGAUUAACGGGUCAACCUUGUCUUACCUUCCUGCUCUGGGAUCGUUACCCCAUCGCCCACAGAAAGGCAUUUUGGGAUGGAUUGAUAAUGCCACCAUGAUUUGUAUCGGCACUGGCAGAGAUGCCCGAUGGGAGCGUUUCAGAGUGGGAGAGCGCCCUGGGAUUGCAGACGAAGGCCAAAGAUCAGUCUGGAGAGAUGGAUGGAGGAAAUAUCUCGGCAGCUGA